GUUGUUGGUUCCGGUGAUCGUCUAAUCUCGCGCCCAAGAGUUCGUCGUCCUAUGCCUGCAAUAGAUGCUGAUGUUAUGGACGUCAACUACAUCUGCGCGUCGCCUGGACCACAGCUUCUCCGCCGCCCUCGUAUGACGACAGAGACUGCCAACAACCCGUAUCUUCGACAUCCGUAAUCUGGAGAACCCUCACUACUCCGGCAACUACAAAAGAAAGCAACGCUCCAUUGAUCACUACCAGUACGUAGUGGAUGGUUACCUUUACCAGUCCAAUUACGCCAACGGACUCGAUGUUGUGGAUAUCCGCUCGAUUACCGAGGAUUCCAGCGGUAGCAGCAUGUGCGUGGCUAGUUUUUUCGACGUAUCCCCAAAAGAUGACGAGAAGGAGGGUGGUGGCGCAGUCGCCUUCCUCAGAUCCUGGUCCUCAUACGCCAAAUCCAAGUAUGGCUUCACUAUGGUGCACACUAUCGAGCGCGGCACCUUCAUAGUCAAAAUGAUCCGCAAAGAGGGCCCUUAGCCAGCUGUCUGCAAGUUCAACAGUUGUCUGACAUCACUUCGUGCCAGCAGCAUCGAAGGACGAAUCGAACACGGUCAAUCAUUUUGCGGGAACUUUACAGCUCGACAAAUGAAUGAUGAGCGUGCGGUUCCAGACUACACGAGGACAGCCUGAACCGGAGAGGAUGACGUCGCCCGAGUCAGCAGCGCUUGCGCUUGUGUGUCCACCACGGUGCCGCAGCUAGGAUAACAAGCAGGCCGUCUGUGCCUACUGUUCUAUCACGCAAGAUGAGGUAGAGAUAUGAUAUGGCUAAUUUCCAGUAUGUACCAACAUACAACAAAAUCAUGAAAUGAGUAGGACGACCAUUUACGAGUGGCAGUACGGAGUACGAUAUAAUGAUAUCGUAUAUUUCAUGCAAGCGUGUAUUACUUGAGUUCUGGGACUCUUUGCAAGUGUCUGGGUUGUUAGGGUAGUUCAUGAUGUUAACAAU